GACUGCCACAGAAACACAACAGGGCAGCACUGUGAGCAAUGCCCGGAUGGCUUCAUUGGUGAUGUUGUCAGAGGAGUCCCCACAUUCUGCCAGCCCUGCCCCUGCCCCCUGCCAGCACUUGCCAACUUUGCAGUCUCCUGUUACAGAAAAAGUGGAAGUGUGCGCUGUGUCUGUAAGGAAAACUAUGCAGGACCCAACUGUGAAAGGUGCGCCCCUGGUUACUAUGGGAACCCUUUGCUAAUUGGAAGCACUUGUAAAAAAUGUGACUGCAGUGGCAACUCAGACCCAAACCUGAUUUUUGAAGACUGUGAUGAAGUGACCGGCCAGUGCCGCAACUGCCUGCGCAACACCACCGGGUUCAAGUGCGAACGAUGUGCUCCGGGUUACUACGGGGAUGCCAGAUUCGCUAAAAACUGUACAGAAUGUAACUGUGGAGGGAGAAUGUGUGACAGCCAGACGGGAGAAUGCCUCGCAGACAGUCCUCAAGUUUCUACUGGCACAGACUGCCCAACCAUCAGCUGUGACAAAUGUAUUUGGGAUUUGACAGAUGACAUUCGAUUAGCAGUUCUAGCUAUCGAUGAAAGCAAAUCAACUUUACUGAGCAUUUCUACAGGUGUUGCAGCUCAAAAGCGCUUGAAUGAGCUGAACCUCACUACCACCCAUCUCCAGGCAGCAAUGUCCAAAAAAAAGAACCAUGCUGUGCUUUGGACCAUCCAGGUUGAUGAUGCUGCAGAUGAAACGAAUGAUCUCCUGAGAGAAGCAGCAACACUUGAUGAACAGGGAAAUGAAGCAUCCAGCAAAGGCCUACUGAUACAGAAGGAAACCAUGGAGACCAACAACCGUGCUACUCAGCUUGUGCAGCAGCUCAGUAAUAUGAGGGAUAACAUUCAAGAAAUCAGCAGCAAGAUGAACUACUAUGCAAUUCAGCAAGAGCUGAGCCCUGAAGAAAUUGCCCAGAAGCUGACUGUGGCUGAGGAGAUGCUGCAGGAGAUCAGAAGCCGUAAGCCUUUCACUAAUCAGAGGCAACUUGCACAUGAGGAAGAAUAUGCAGCAGAGGAGUUGCUUCUGCAAGUCGAAGAUUUUCAUGAGAGGUACAAUGACACCAGAUCUCUAGUAUAUGAUGUUCUGGAGCAGCUCAGUGAACAGGAUGUGAAGCUGUCAGACCUGGAGGAAGCAUUAGACCAGGCGCUUGAGUAUGUUAUACAAACAGAUCUUAUAAAUAAGGAAAACACAGCCAGUCUUCAAAGGCAUGAGAAACAACAUGAGAAAAUAAAAGAGCAAACUGAUGACGUGAACAGCGUUCUGCUAAGUGCCACAAAUAUUUUGGCAGGACCACAAAAGGUCAACUCUGAGUUAAGUGAGAUAACAAAGAACGUGUCAGGGUUCUACGCAGAAAUAGAUGGAGCAAAAAAGGAAUUGCAAGAAAAAAUAGCCAAUCUGUCUCUGUUUGAUGAUGAUUUGGUAGAAAAGGCUAUGCAACAUGCACACAACCUAAGAAGACUUGCUGAUGAGCUGGACAGGAAUUUGUAUGGUGUUGAUACAAAUGGUUUGGUACAAAGGGCAAUAAAUGCUUCAAAUGUUUAUGAAAACAUUGCUGGUUAUAUUGAAGAAGCUAAUAAAGCUGCAUUGGUGGCACUGAACACAACAAACCGGGUCAACGAUGCUGCAGUUGGAAUUGAUACUCAGAUUAUUUACCAUAAAGGUAAAAGCGAAGAACUUCUCAACCAAGCCAUGGAGCUACAUCGGACAGCAUAUGACAGUAAUGAUUUAACCAUUGCAGACACUAGCCAGCAUGUUAAUGGCACUUUUGCUAGAAUGAAUGCUCUGCGAAGCCACCUAAUGAGAGCCAUCACAAAAAUACAAUCAGCUGAGCCAGAGGAGGCCAGAGAACGUUUAGAACAAGCCAAACUAAAGACUGCAGAGGCCAUAAGUGCCACCAUGACAGUAACACAGGCUACAACCCCCAUGGAUGAGAACGUGAGGUUGUGGUCUCAAAACCUGCAAGACUUCCAGCACAAUUCAGCGGCAUACGACAGUGCUGUGCAUUCAGCUGGGGAUGCAGUGAAGAAACUUACAGAAGUGUUCCCUGAACUCCUGGACAAACUGCGCAGAGUAGAACAGAAGGCACCAGCAAACAAUAUUUCUUCCAGCAUUCAGCGAAUCAGAGAGUUAAUUGCUCAGACCAGGAGCGUAGCAAGCAAGGUCCAAGUUUCUAUGAUGUUUGGAGGCCAAUCAGCUGUUGAAGUUAAUCCAAAGAUCAACGUGGAGGAGCUGAAAUCUUUCACUUCCAUGAGCUUGUACAUAAAGUUUCAGAAAGACAACCCAGAACUGGCAACAUCUCCAGACAGAUUUAUUUUGUACCUUGGAAACAAAAAUGCAAAAACUUACAUUGGUCUUGCAAUUAAAAAUGACAACCUUGUGUACAUUUAUAAUCUGGGAGACGAAGAUGUGGAGAUACCUCUGGAUGCCAAGCCAGUCAGCACAUGGCCUUCUUACUUCAGCAUCAUCAAAAUUGAGAGGAUUGGAAGACAUGGCAAAAUGUUUUUAACUGUGCCCAGUCUUAGCAGCACAGCUGAAGAAAAAUUCAUCAAAAAGGGAGAGGUUCUUGGUCCUGGCUCUCUCCUUAAUUUGGAACCUGAAAAUGCUGUUUUCUAUGUUGGUGGAGUGCCUACAGACUUCAAGCUCCCUCCUAGCUUAAACUUACCUGGCUUCAUCGGCUGCCUAGAACUGGCUACCCUGAACGAUGAUGUGAUCAGCCUAUACAACUUCAAGCACGUCUAUAACAUCGACACCACCACAUCGCCACCUUGUGCCAGAAAUAAGUUGGCUUUCACCCAGAGCCGGGCUGUGAGCUAUUUCUUUGACGGCUCUGGCUAUGCCUUGGCAAGAAACAUUGAGAGAAGGGGAAGAUUCAGCCAGGUGACUCGGUUUGACAUAGAAGUUCGAACACCUACAGACAAUGGAUUGAUCCUGCUGAUGAUUAAUGGGAGUAUGUUCUUCAGUCUAGAGAUGCACAACGGUUUUUUGUACCUCCGCUAUGACUUUGGUUUCAGCACUGGUCCUGUGCUACUAGAGGACUCCAUGAAGAAGGCUCAGAUUAACGACGCUAAAUUUCAUGAGAUUUCUAUUAUAUAUCAUAAUUCUAAGAAGAUGAUCUUGGUAGUAGACAGGCGACAUAUAAAAAGUGUGGACAAUGAAAGAACAGCAAUGCCAUUCACAGACAUCUACAUUGGAGGAGCACCUGCUGAGAUCUUGCACUCCAGCAUCGGCUCACAUUUGGCGGGAAGUAUUGGCUUUAAAGGCUGCAUGAAAGGUUUCCAGUUCCAAAAGAAGGAUUUCAAUUUGCUAGAAGAACCAGGAACCCUGGGAAUCAGCUAUGGGUGCCCAGAGGAUUCACUGAUGUCCCGCAAAGCAUAUUUCAAUGGAGAGAGCUUCAUUGCAUCAAGCCAAAAAGUGUCCCUCUUUAGUGAAUUUGAAGGAGGCUUUAAUUUCCGGACAUUACAGCCCAAUGGACUGCUGUUUUACUAUUCUGAAGGAUCAGAUGUAUUAUCCAUCUCUAUGGACAGAGGUGCUGUGGUUUUAAAUGCAAGUGGGACCAAAAUUCAAUCACCAGACCGAAAUUACAAUGAUGGAAAAACCCACUUCAUAGUUACUUCUGUCACCCCAGAAAGGUAA